AUGUAUGGCGGCAUCAUCAUCUUUGAAGUGGCAGCGUGGCAGCUCCUUGUUGUGUCGUACCAUGCUUGCAAGCGAGCUCAGCUGCUGUGCCGUAAGUGCUGUGGCGUGGAGGAGAGCAAGCUGCACCGCAGCGGACUCUUGGGUCUCACCAAACCGCUGGAAGGCACUGGUGCGUUCUGGGCCGCAGCCAGCACUCACUCUCCUGGCAAGAUGUGCUUCCGGAUGACAUGCAACAAGUGCAGCAAGCCCACGUGGGGCGGCUGCGGCAGCCACAUCGACAGCGCAUUGCGUGGUGUUCCCGUCGAGGAACGCUGCAAGUGCAAACCAUACACCAGCAGCGCGAGGUAUUGA